AUGCAGCACAAACCGCUACACAUGAUUUGUGAUCAAGUCAUCUGCGAUGCCUGUGACAGCAGCAGAAACCAGCAAAGGUACCAAAGAAAACCCCUAAAGAACCUUACCCUAGCCCUUUAUUUCAUGACAUUCGUCCUAUUAACCUGCCUUCUACUGUUCAUUGGCAGUGAUUACAUCAAAAAAACUCUCGUAACAAUGGAGAAGAGUCAUUCGGUUCUUACAGUUAUUUUGUUUCUUUGCUUUUUCAUCUUUGUAUCGUUUCCACUAACUUGGGGUUACGUGCUACUGAAUCUUGCGGCUGGUUACCUAUACGGGGUUGUUAGUGGGGUGCUGGUAGUUUCCAUGUGCGCCCUGGUCGGGGUCACGACCUCCCAUUUUGUCAUUCGGCGUUACAUGGUGUCGUGGGCGGUUAUGGACGUCAUUGUGAAUAAUUUUAGGAAUUUGGUGACCGUUAUCGAGAGUGACCACGGGUUCAAGGUCGUCGUUCUUACGAGGUUGACCCCGAUACCCUUUGGUCUGCAAAAUGCCUUGUUUGGGAUGUGCCACAUAGAGUACAGGGACUACAUGACUGCCUCCAUGCUGGGUAUGCUACCAACCCAGUUGAUCCACGCCUAUGUCGGCUCUACCCUUCGAUCCAUGCAGGAUGUCGUCUCUAAUAACAACAACAACAAUCUGGCCUAUUUCAUAUUUUGCUGUCAGCAACAACAACAUCAGAACUGUCCACAGUAUCGUCUCGCCGUUGUCGUUGACCUGUACGUAGACGACAACAGAAGGACUGUUCGCUCUACAUAG